AUGAGAAUCACACUGUUCAUUUCCUGGUUUCCUACAGUCACAUUUACCAACAUUGUUCUGAGGACCAGAAACGACUUCCUACAAUAUUCCCAUCAGCUCACUCUGGAUCUGAACACAGUAAAUAAACAUCUCCAUCUGUCUGAGAGGAAUAGAGUGAUUACUGCCACUGGCACAGUUCAGCCGUAUCCUGAUCAUCCAGACAGAUUUGAUCAGUGGUUUCAGGUGUUGUGUAGAGAGAGAGUGUCUGGACGCUGUCACUGGGAGAUUGAGUGGAGUGGAGAUGUGUGUAUAUCAGUGUCAUAUAAAAGCAUUGACAGAAAAGGAGCAGGUAAGGAGUGUGUGUUUGGACGUAAUGAUGAGUCCUGGAGUUUGAUCUGCACUCCCUCCAGAAAUUCAUUCAUACACAGUAACAUUGACACUGAACUCCCUAAAAUGUCCAUCCAUAGAAUAGGAGUGUAUGUGGAUUAUAAUGCAGGAACUCUGUCCUUCUACAGCGUCUCUGACACAAUGAGCCUCAUCCACACAGUCCAGACCACAUUCACUCAGGUGCUCUAUCCUGGGUUUAGGGUUGGUUCUGGGUCAUCACUAAAACUGUGUUGAUGAAUCAGAUUCUACCCAUAAUACUUUGAGCUGCAUGAUAAAAUGGUAACAGAUGUCUUCUUUUCUGUCCAUUACAUUUUAAUACUACAAAUUAACUUCUGUCACUGCAGUAAUGUCUACAUACAUGUGUGUAAUCCUCAUAUACAGAGUAGACAGUGUGUAUGUCUCCUGUGAGUCAUGGUGACUGAUGACAUGUAACCAUGCAUUUAUCUAUUUGAGAAAAGCCCUAACUUUGCCUUUGUGUUGUGUUGAUGGAAGACUGGCAUAGAUGAUCAAAACAAAUUCACAAAAUCUAAUUCCAGCUGCGAUACAGUUUUGUGAUGGCAUAAAUGAA